AAUGACAGAUGACAUAUUUAUUUAGAGUUAGAAGUCAAUGGAGUUGGACGAUGUGUGAUCGUUAAACAUAGGAAAUUGUCAAAAAUGAAAUUUGUUUCGUGAUUACAGUGUUGAAAUUAAUUGUUUUGAUGCGAAUAAUGCGAUAGCAGUGUGUUGACAAUCGUUAUAUCUAACACCGAAUAAUGUCAAACGACAACGAUCUGUUGAUAUCGCUGCCGCGUUCUUAUUUAAACGAAUUUUACAGCAAAUAUCUUAAUUUGGUUGAAACGUUUUACUAUGUUACGCUGUCCGAGAAUAAAUCAGCGAUCGCAAAAGAGAAACCGGAAUAUGUGUUUUUUAAUGUUAUGUUCAAUUUAAAUCCUGUGGAUGGCAAUUUUAAUCCUUACGAGCUUGUUGGCCGAAUACAAAAAUAUGUGGAGUCAUCUCUGGGCUGGUCGGGUGAGCGCGGCGAGGAUUCCAGCUACGACUCUGAAUGCGAUGAUGAUGGAGGACAUCGGACCGCCUCGCGCACGCCCUCCGACACACUCGCGGCAGAGUUCGCGGAGUAUGUCACAUUAGCGCCACCACCGCAGCCCAACCAGGCUAAGAUCGAUUUCGCGGUAAAGCUGGGCUACUCGGAACGGCUCGCGCGCACCGCCCUGCAGCGGCUGGGGCCGGACCCCCCGCGUAACGAGCUGCUAGGCGAGCUCAUCAAGCUAGCGGCGCAGAGGCCAGCGCGCCCCCUGUCACCCCCCGCGCCCGCCGAGCCCGAGCCCAGCGCCGAGCGCGCGCCGCUCCGACAUGUCGUCAUCGACGGCAGCAACGUCGCCAUGAGCCACGGUAACAAAGAAGUGUUCUCGUGUCGCGGUAUAGAGAUAUGCGUGGACUGGUUCCGAGCGCGAGGCCACAAGGAGAUAACCGUCUUCGUACCGAAAUGGCGGAAAGAGGCUUCACGACCCGACAAUCCGGUGGCGGACAGAGACGCCCUCGACCGACUAGAGAGAGAGCGGGUGCUGGUGUACACGCCGAGUCGGCACCUCGGCGGCAAGCGGCUCAUCUGCUACGACGAUCGCUACAUCCUGCGUCUCGCCGCCGAGACCGACGGCAUCGUCGUCUCCAACGACAACUACCGCGACCUCGCCACCGAGAGCCCCGACUUCCGCAAGGUCGUCGAGGAGCGCCUGCUCAUGUUCUCCUUCGUAAACGACCGCUUCAUGCCUCCGGAUGAUCCCCUCGGUAGAUCCGGCCCCACUUUGGAUGCAUUCCUGCGCGCUCCCCCCUCGAAAACGGACCCACCACCCGCCUGCCCCUACGGUCGAAAGUGUACAUACGGGAACAAGUGCAAAUUCCAUCAUCCGGAACGCGCCGGACGUCCGCACAAGCCGGUCGCAGAGAAGCUGUCCGAGCGGGCGGCCAAAGCGAUGAAAGCCCGCGACCUGCACACGCUCAGCCUGCCGCCGAGCGGUCGGCCGGCGGACAACAAGCGGCCGCUGGCGCGCGCCCACUCCGCCGCGCCGCGGGUGCCCGACGCGACCCUGGCGACGCACUUCGACCGCGCCCAGGUGGUGCCCGGCCCCUCGCAGCCGCCGCAGGAAACCCAUCCGAAUCACUCGAACCCGCACAGAAAGUUGGCGCGUCAGCUGACACUGAACCCGGCUUGCGACCCGAGACUGCACGCCCACAGGCACGCGGCGGCCGGGCGCGUGGCGUCGGCGCCGGUGGGUACGGCGGGCGCGGUGGGCGCGGCGGGCGCGGCGGGUGCGGCGGGCGCGACGGGCGGCGCUAUGUCGCUGUCUCCGUGCGCUUCAGAGGGCGCUCUGCAGCAGUGGGAGGCGCGUCGCCGCAUGCACUUCCACCUCGCAGGGAUCUUCCCCGAAGCGCACGUCGCAGAGGCGAUGGCCACCUUCCCCGAGGAGACGGACGCGCAGAAGAUGUGCGCUAUCAUCUUGGACAGGUGCCGGCCGAGCGAAGCGCCGCUUCCGCGCCUCUCCUUUCAUUAAUUGUCUAUUUAUUGCUGCUCGAAUUAUCCUCCGUUUCAUUUUGAAAUGGAGAUCAUAUGUUCACCGUAUCAGUAGCACAUCCCACUUGAAAACAUGUUACAAGAUGAUUUUGGAAUUUGAUUAGAUAUCAAAUUUUAAAACCAAUUGGACUGAAAUAGAAUCAUUGUAAUAUAUCAUCACACAGCCUUAGUAGCUUGGUAGCCUUCAAGAGUGUCUCAUUACUGUCGAAGUUAUUGCAUCAUAUACUUCUGGGAAGUGUAUGUGUUAUUUAAUAAUUUCGUAUUAAGUUUAUUUUUUAAGUUUGUACAAAUUACGACAUUUCGUAAAAAUUCGGUUCAACUUUUAUAUGACACUUGACCACAAUAAACUUCAUAUAUAUGAUA